AUGGCUUUUGCUGAUCUGCUGGAGAAAACUGGAGGCAUGGGACGGUUCCAGAUCACACAGGUUAUAUUACUGUGCAUUCCGAUAUUACUGACGGCCAGUCAUAACCUUCUACAGAACUUCAGUGCUGCAAUUCCAAGUCACAAGUGCAAAAUAAAUUACACUGGGAUUCUUAACAGUAGCUCUGUCAGGGAUGGCUGGGUGAGGGUGCUCAGUCCCCUGGAUGAAAAUGGGAGGCCUGAGUCAUGCCUGGAGUUUGUUGAAGAACAGUGGAGGAUGGUGGAUUCCAACAGUACAUUCUGCAAUGUCUCGUCUGUGCAGACAAGAGAGUGCAUGAGUGGAUGGGAGUAUAACAGGGAUGAAUUUAGCUCAACCAUAAUCACUGAGUGGGAUUUGGUAUGCGGAAGGAAAAACAGAAGACAGCUGGCUCAGUCCAUAUAUAUGUCAGGUGUGUUGGUCGGAGCCAUAAUUCUUGGAGGUCUAUCAGACAGAUAUGGCCGAAGGGCAUUGCUGAUCUGGUCUUAUUUCCAAAUUGCUGUCAGCGGGACUUGUACAGCCUUUUCCCCAAAUUACCUCUCCUACUGUGUGUUCCGCUUCCUUGUUGGAAUGGCUCUGUCUGGAAUUAGCAUCAACACUACAGCAUUAAUUGUAGAGUGGGUUCCAACCAAAGUUCGCACCAUCACUGGUACCCUGGCAGGAUAUUCGUGCACAGUUGGGCAACUUAUCUUGGCAGGCUUGGCAUACGGCAUCAGAGACUGGCGAUGGCUACAACUGUCUGUCUCCCUUCCGUUUUUCAUGUUCUUCCUCUACUCCUGGUGGUACUCUGAAUCUGCCCGCUGGCUUGUCCUCUCUGGUAAUCCCACCAAGGCUGUCAGUGAGAUGAAGAGAGUAGCCAAGUACAAUGGGAAGGAGGAAGAGGCUGAUAACAUAACACUGGAGUCUCUAAAGUCUGACAUGAUGAAAGAGGUGGCUUGUGCGAAAACAGCAUAUUCAGUUUUUCAUUUGGUUCGAACUAAUAUCAUGCUGAGAAUAUCCUGUGCCAUGUGUUGUGUUUGGUUCUCAACUAGUUUUGCCUUUUAUGGAUUGGUGAUGGAUCUUCAAAACUUUGGCGUCAGCAUCUACCUUAUUCAGGUUAUAUUUGGAGCUGUUGAUUUCCCAGCCAAGCUAAUUUCCACUACGUGCAUGAUCUACAUUGGUCGGAGAAUCACACAGUCCUUCUCCCUCUUCCUCGGAGGACUGGCUAUAUUGGCAAACAUAUUUGUACCAAAUGACCUUCAGACAUUGAGGACCAUCCUUGCAGUAUUUGGGAAGGGCUGUUUGGCUGCUUCAUUUAGUUGUGUUUCUCUUUACACAACAGAAUUGUAUCCUACAGUCAUCAGACAGAGUGGUCUGGGAUUGGGUUCCACUAUGGCACGUGUUGGAGGUAUCGUGGCUCCUCUAGUGAAGAUGCUGGGUGAUUUCUAUCCUUCCUUGCCUAUAGUCAUAUAUGGAGGUGCACCCAUAAUAUCUGGAUUACUCGUCUACUUCUUACCUGAGACAGUCAACAAACCACUGCCGGACACCAUAGAGGAGAUGGUAACAGGAAAAAAGCCACAUGCGGAGGAACAGAAGAAGGACACAACACCUCUAAAGGCAGUAACCACAAAUUCUGUACAUGAUGUGGUGUGAUGUCAAUAAAGAUAACAGAAGUAAAUACUAUAAUGUAUUUAUGUGAGUUCUUAUGUGGCCUCAUGAGACAUAUUCAUUGAAGAUUACUGAAGAGAAUGGUACCUGAAAUGUAACAACAUAGCCUAUCUGAGGACCUUUAAAUCUAGGUCGCUAGCCUAAUACUAUCAUAAAUGGAAUCAACCAAAUUUAAGAAAACUGUAUAAUAAAAAUAAUCCAACAACAA